AAUUCACAUCUCUCGUUUAUGAACAGUGGUAGACGGUAGUUGCGGAGGAACCGCCCAACGCUGGUGUAACGUGAUUCUCCACGUUGCCUCUUUCGUCUGUUCUCGGUAGACUUCGCUUGCUCAUGCUCAUUCGCACUGCAGACUUUAUUGCAGCUAACUGUUUCAUACUGUCGCGCUGCCUUGGGUGGACUCGGAUCAAAGUACACGGCUCUGAUACGUCUCGUCUAACAGCUGGGCCUAGUGGAGACUCGUUUUUAAUCUACCUACAUUUGAGCUACAAUUUCCAACGUGGUGGAAAUUUCCUAUCGGACUUCGAGACUAUGAGGAGAUUUUCGGCAUGGGCUGUGUUCGCACUGUUGUCUCUGCUCGCAGUGAAAGUGCGGUGUGAGGAUGGCUUUGAUCUGGCCGAUGCGCUGGGUACCGAUGAUGAUGACCCAACACCACCCCCAGCUAAGCCCCCCAGUGGACCUGCAGGAGGAGCUACAGGAGGCGAACUGGACCUCGCCGAAGCCUUUGAUUCGGACACGCCCACGAUCAAACCGCCUCCGCCUCCAGCCCAGACCAAAGCACCAGUCAAGCCCAAGCCCAAGCCAGAUGAAACCGACUCCGACUUCUUCGGGGCCACGGUCCGGCCAGGUCUGCUGCCCCGCACCACUCCAAGGGUGACCAGAACCACCAGUCUGCCCCACAGUGCCGCACCUGGGCCUGACGACUUCGACCUGAGUGAUGCUCUGAACCCCAACAAUGACAUCGGAGGAAAGGGCAAGGGCGGGAAAGGAGACAAAGGGUAUGACGGAGAGGGCAGGGGCGAUGGCCAGCCCAAUAACAGAGGAGGCACCGGUGGUGGCCAGUUCAGUGACGAUGACCUGAAUGAUCUUGGUGACUACAAACCUGACAAAGGCAAAGGAGGCCCAGGGGGAGCUGGAAGUAAUGACCUAGAUAAUAAUGAAUACGAUGGCACUAUGGCAGAGACAGGCACGAUUGCGGGCAUCGUCAGCGCUGUGGCCAUGGCACUGCUUGGCGCAGUCACCAGCUACAUAUCCUACCAGAAGAAGAAGUUAUGCUUUUCCAUACAGCAGAGCUUGAAUACUGACAUGGUGAAGGCAGAAAAUCCAGACGCUGUUGUGUCUACGGAGCCCCAAGUGCAACAGACUCUUCUUCAGCCCCCCAACGCAGAACCUCCCACAGAGGAAAAUGUUGUCUAAACUGCAGUACCAGCAACCACCACAAGAGGGAAAUAACUUGCACUGCUCCAUGGUGACAUGUGUACGGUAUCACCCCUCUCCACAAAUGAAAACAAACCUCCCCCAAUGAAUUACCAUCGGCCCCUGUCUCACCUACCCAAACGUUAUGUACAUAUAUCUUUAUUUAUUUUGCCCUCUUAACUCUGAACACCACUAACAAUGCCUGUUUACAAUGUUAUUAACCUAAUUAACCACCUGAAAGACAAUGAAGAUGAGCAUGAUUUUUAAGUUAAGUUUCAUUUGAAGAGAUGAUAAGGGUAACACUUACUCUUAACUGUCAUUGUUUUUAUUUUAUUUUAUCUUAUGUGUGUUUUUUCUAUGAAACAAUAUGUCAAAAUUAGCACCUUGCUGUAAUUUACAAACGUGAACAACCAGCAAAUUGGACUUUGAAUGAGAACCAAAAAGUUUGGAUAAUCAUAAAAGAGAAUACCACUCGCUCAGUUAGCUUAAAAACUUUAGCCAAUAAUUAGGAUCUGACUCCUGCGUGGCACCUCCGCAAGCACAUGCUGUAAGAGAGGCUUUUGACUGGUUGUUGAUGGAAGUGCACUUAUUUCGUUUGGGUUUUACUUGUUCAAAAGAAAACGAAAGAUUCCAUUAGAUUUCCCCCUUUUGUAACUCUUACCCCUAUUGUGUUUAUAAGGUUUUUACAUGGGCUGUAUAUAUUUGCCUCGCUUUUACAGAGUGUUGUUGCAGUGGUUGAAGGUUUCUGUGUCAUAGACGACACACAUUUUUUUCUAAUUGAUUUAGAAAUAAAAGUGAAAAUGGGAGAUAAACAAUCGAAAACGUAAACUUUGAAUACGAACCCACAGCUGCUUGGUAUGAUUUGCUUUUGGUAUGGAUAAAAAUUAAGAAAAAAAUGGCGCAAGGGAGGUCGUUGGACUUGGUGAACAUUUUGUUUAUUAGUUCUAUUCAGAUGUCUGUGAUAGAGCACCUCUCCCCAAACGGAGAGAGGCAAUCUUGAAUGUGAAGUUAUAGAGUUUCCUGUGAAUAUGAAGUUAACGUAACAGAAUAAACAAUGUAGAGACUGGAGUUGUUGUCAGUGUUAGUGUACGGUACCACAUAGAAGCUAUUAUUGAAGUCUUAAUUAUGUUCAGUACUCUCUUAUUCAGACCACUCUGGUUUUCAGCUGCGGCUGGAUGCUUGGGUAGGAGGUUAGGGAUUGUUAUGCUUGUAUAUCGCAGUGUGAGUAUCUACGGGUUUUUACUCGAAUCGCUGUGUUUUUACGUGUCCUUAUAUACCCACUUUGUAUAACCGUGUGUGUGUAUAUGUUUCUGAAAGUGUUUGUGUUUCACUUUGUCCUUCCCCUUUCCCUCUUAGACCAGGGGAUGGAGUGGCUUUGUCAUAACUGAACUUAGCAUUUGUGUUGGUUGUUUCGUAUAAUGUUUUUUAAUUGAGGUUUUUUUGUUCACCUUUGGACAACUGUUUUUGUCCUGCUUGGGACUCUGCUGCACCCGUUUCGGUUUCGUGGCGCCUUUUGCCUCACCUGACUCUAGGCCUUACCACGCCUCGUCCUGUCUAGUCUUGCCAGACACCUGUAGCCUCUCGCCUGUAACCAGUGCUCACUCGACAGCUCCUUGGUCUGUUCUCCGGUUCACUGAAACAGUCCCCUGUUCUGCUCUGGGUUUGAAUUUGCUAAAAAUCUGAAAAAAAACACCUCUCAGGCACAUGAAAUGUUUUUUUUUUCCUAAGAAGCUUUUUAUUAGUAGAUUGGACAUACCAUCAAAUCUUUCACCACUUGGGCUGUCUUUUGACAUUUAAGUAGCCAUCAUGGCAAAUAGUAGUAAAUAGUAAAUGGCAAAUGACCACCACAGGACAGAACCAUUAUCCCUCAGAUGACCGUGGUGCUUCAGUCCUUUUAAAUGGGUGGACAGAAGACUGUUUCAGGGCAUGGGAACAUGACCAUAGCCAAUAAGGUGCACCUUCUGCUGACCUCCGUUUGCCCGUCGAUGCUGUUAUUUCCAACACUGCACCGCCUCUCCCCUAGAAAGCCUUACUCAGCCAACUCAUGCCGGGGGAAUGAAGUACUAGUGGGUGCCAACAGCACGAGAGCUGCCUACUAUGAAUGUGCUAGAUCUAGCCCAUGAAACUGAAUGUUUACCGAAUGUAACUCUUGCAACUGUUGGCCAUUUUGAAGGUCCAUUUCCACUUCUUUGCAUGAUUGUUGGUAUCAGUUGAGUAGUUUGUUCUGCAGUCUGAUGUAGCAUAUAUUGGUGCUGCUCUAGAAUAAAAUAAAUCAACAACACCAAAGUAGAAACAAUGACCAGAUUUGCCUCUCCGUUUGUCCACUUUUGGCCUUCUUUCUCUGUUUAUGCCGAUGUGAAGUUAUGGAGAUGUUUUGUGUAUGUUUGGCGAUCCUGAAAUGGAGCCGGUAGUAAAAUGGUCUGUGGCAUUACCAAAAAUACCACCUAUUUAGACAAAGCUGUUGUGACCUGUGACAAUUUUGAAAUGUUGUGAAGUGUCUUGACAAUACUCAACAUCUCUUGUACCAUAUCACAUGAGAAUGGCUUCAAUCCAGACACAUAGAACACAUCCUGAUGAACAAAAAGCAAGACUGUUACAAAUUCAUUUGUUUGGUACCUUUUGUUAACCCUGCCAUGUAACUGCAUUUCUGAGUCGGGACUGGUUCGGUGGAAUAACUUGUGUUCGAGGUUGGUUGUAGUUUCCGUGGUUUCGAAAUGUGGCUCCGUGAUGAUGACUGGACAGAGGCCGCAACACCUCACUGAUUGUAUACGCAAUGGUGUGCACAGAACUGUACAGACAUGCAUGUUUUUGGACUUUUUCCUAGCUUGGUAGCUACUGACGGUUGGUUCUCUUACUGGAUAGCUUUGGGUUUUCUUUCUUUUAAUCCUCAAAGGCUUGGAUAAUUGAUUUUCUGGUCCUGGGUGAUGCGCUGCCAGUGAAAUGCCAUUUUGCCCCAACACCACAAUGCCAUACACAAUUACAUGCCCACACACACAGACACUCCAUUGACCAGUCAACUGUAAUAUAAGGCUGCAUAUUGAACAGCUUGAAUGAUUUUCUCCUACUGUCAACCUUGAGGCCAGUUUACACUUGGCAGUGUUGUAAGCAAUUUGCAAGUACCCGUCUUGCACAUUUAGGAGCAAAUGGAGCAACAUUAAUAUAAGAUGUAUAGAGAAGAAUGCUUGUUCCUGACACGUAGAGGCUUUAUGUCCUGACCAAAACAUUGUCAAGUGUAUCAUGGCAUUAGAUCUGAAUAGACCUACUCUACAGCAUCCCGAACAUCAUUCUCCAGUCCCUGUUUACUAGCAUGAAGACUGCCUUUGGAGAACUAAUACACACUCACAGGCAAACACCUACACUUAACAGGCUCAUGCAUUUUUGCAUUUGUGCACAUACACACACACACACACCAUCACUCUCACUCUCUUACUAACACACACACACACACACACACACACACACACACACACACACACACACAGGGCUUAUGAUGGUACUAGGUGCAAUCUUGUAACAAUCUCCACCUUUAGGAGAGUAUGCCGUUUCUAUUCUGCUAUAAAGGUUUUUAGCGACACAGAUCUUUACUAACCUCUCCACUGUAGCUCACUGGCAAUACAUUACUGGAAGAGAUCAUUAUGGUGAAAUCUAAUAAACUGACUGAAAGUCA